GUAAGAACCGUGACAAGAAAAGUCACACGUCGUGCGCGUGUUUGUUUUUGUUCGGUGCAAUUUCGUUUGAAUUCGCGUAAUAAAUUUGUCACUAAAUAUAUAAAGUUCAUUCACUUUUAAAGGAUGCUAUCAAAGAAUACAGAAAAGAAAUUGCAGCGGAAAAUUCGCCGAUGUCAACAGCUAAUCGGUGCAGAAACUGGAAUUACGUUCAGCGAUUCUCCCACUAAGAAUAUUGCUGUGUGUAACGCAGGUUUAUCUACAGGACUGCGACAAGAAGUUUUAUUGGAAGAAGUACUGGCACAUAAUCCUGGUCAGCUGGAAGAUGUAUAUCUACCGGUGGGUAAAUCUUAUUGCUUUUUGCUGUUCGAUUCCUGUGAAAGCAGUCAGCGUGUAAGUCAGGCGAUGAAUGGGAUUUCUCGGCUUGGCCAAGAUGAAUGUGUGUUACUGAUGGCUUUCGUCGAAGAAGUACCCUCUUACAAUACAGAAGUAACCGAAGAACUACCGGCAGGAUUGAUUGUGUCCAGAGAUUUUAUUGAUGAGUCCUUUGAAAAAAUGCUCAUGCAGUCAGUUAAUUGGGAUGAGGAAGAUUGUGGAACUCUUAAGCAUCGUCGUGUAAGACAUUUCGGAUAUGAAUUUCUCUACGGCACCAAUAACAUUGAUAGAAGUAAACCCCUUCAACAGAAUAUUCCUAAGGAGCUAGACAGUUUAUGGGAAAAACUAAAACAACAACAUCCGAAUCUUUCAUGGCAUGUACCAGAUCAAUUGACUGUUAAUCGAUACGAGGUUGGCCAAGGAAUCCCUCCACACGUGGACACCCACAGUGCUUUCCAGGAUCCUAUUGUUUCUCUGUCAUUAGGAAGCGAUAUUGUUAUGGACUUUCGAAAUACUAAAGGUUGUCAUGUAAGCGUUGAUGUUCCACGUAGGUCGUUAUUAAUAAUGAGUGGCGAAAGUCGUUAUGGUUGGACACACGGCAUAACCCCUAGAAAAAUGGAUACCAUCAAAAUGGGGAAGAGUUUAAGUGUGAGAAGAAGAGAUGUUCGAGUUUCGUUCACCUUUCGAAAACUUAACGAUGGACCAUGUCGUUGUAAUUUUCAUGCAUUGUGUGAUACAUUUUUGGAGGAAAAAAGUAGUUGUAGAGAUCACCUACUAGAAAAUGCCGCCCAAGUUGAAUUGGAAAAUGUUCACAAAGUUUACAACGAAAUUGCAAAACACUUCAGUGAAACCAGACAUUCGCCCUGGCCAAAGGUAGAGGAUUUUCUAAGUUCCUUAAACGCUGGAUCGCUUCUUCUAGAUAUUGGCUGUGGUAAUGGAAAGUAUUUAGGCCUUAAUAAGAGCCUAAUAAAUGUAGGCUGUGAUCGCAGCGACGGCUUGCUUAAAGUAUGCGCUGAACGCGGCUUUCAAGUUGUACAAAGCAAUUGUCUAGCCUUACCGUUUCGUUCAUCCAGUGCCGAUGCUUGCAUCAGUAUAGCAGUUAUUCACCACCUGGCCACAGAAGAGCGCCGGAAAAAAUCGGUUUCAGAAAUGGUACGUGUGCUGAAACCGGCUGGUCGUGCUCUGAUUUAUGUCUGGGCUAAAAACCAAGAGGCAAAUUUGAAAAAAUCAAGUUAUUUACGACAGAACAAACAAAAUCGAAAAUCAAAAAAUGAAGAAGUUCCAGUAGUGCAGCAAGGAUCGCCAAAUGACAAUCAAGCUACGGUACUGCCGGUCCAUACGAAUCGAACACAAUUUCAACAUCAGGACCUAUUGGUGCCAUGGAAACUGCGCAACGUCGAAUCGCAAAAAGCGGACCCUCCUAAGGUAACUUUUUUACGCUAUUAUCACGUUUUCGAAGAGAAUGAACUUGAGCAACUCUGUAAUACCAUUGGAGGAAUUACGAUUGAAAAAAGCUAUUAUGACCAAGGCAAUUGGUGUGUUAUAUUUAAGAAAAAUUAAUUAUCUUAUUUUAAG